AUGAAGCUCACUCAGCUUCUGCAACGCCGACUCGAUCACAAACAAGAAACCCGCGCUCCAACCUACGAAAAAGUGUCCGACAUCGUCAAUAUGCUUCGUGUCGUUGCCGCUGAGAAGAAUUCCAAGCCUGGCGCUGAGAAAAUCAACUCUGUGAAAACCCCGCCGUGUAUCAGCCUCGACAUGUUCAUCGCGUUUCGCGAGGAGUUCUCCGGUGGGUGGAAUCUCUGGCUCGGGGAGGAGGAAGUAACAACAUUGACGCCCGAGUUGAAGCAAGAAUUGCCGGCGAUGACGUUCGACGAAAAGGCAGAGAUGUUUUUUCGCUUGUCGGUGUGGUCAAACAAAGCCCGAGACUCGAACGCUGGAGAUAUCACUCAAAUACCGGAUGGUGUUGAAGUUUUUGUCGAGCGUGUAACCGGCUUGAGUUUGUAUGACAACAAACUGGCACAGGGUAACACAUCCCGUAUCCAUACGGUCACCAAGCUCGACGACCCCGAGCCUGAAAUCGAGAGCCCUACAUUGAACACGCCUGGUCGCGGAAGUGAAAUCACCGACAACAGUCCUUCUAAGGUUGGCGACCUCGAUUGCGAAAUUACGAAUGCAGUCUAUACCUCGUCCGCUCGCAAAAGCCAGACCAUUGACGAGAAACAUGUCGACGCAGGAUCUAUUUCCUCAAAUCAACAAAAGAGAACAAGGGAGAUUGACCUGUCUCCAACAACGGAUAUAACUGAGGCAUGUGAAGUACAGCUUCCCUCGAAGAAGACCGCUACGCCAAAGAUCGUCCGUGGGGGACUUCACAAGAAGACCACUGCUGCGAAGAAGGUAAAGAUGGAGUGA